AUAAAAGCAUACCGCGUCGCCCCUUGAAGACAUAGUGUUUGCUCGCAUAACACGCAAGAAAAACCACCGUUCGCCAUGAAGUGCUUCAUCAUUCUGUUCGCCCUUGUGGCUGCCGCUAGUGCUGGACUCCAUGCGGAGCACAUCCACGUCGCUGGCAACCCCCCCAUUCCGGGUCCCAAAGCCGCCCCCCUCGCCCUCCACGGUAACGACCACACCACCCGCAUCCACUACUCUGGACCGCACGUAGGGCAUCCGCACUUGGUGGGAGUCGAGGUUUUCAAGCCGGCGCCGCAUUACGAGCCCAGCUGGGACAACGUGGCCGUCCACGGACACGGCUGGCAUUAGAUCCCCUCACCUGAGCCAGCAGACCCGCUGGUCCGGAGUGGUCCACGCCGAACGCGUCAUCCUGAGGCUGAUAUGAGGCAGCGAAUCAGCGACCACCACGAUUGGUGAUACCGACACAACGAGCGAAGUCUCUGCCGAAGCCACUUCGACAGGGCGUUUCAAUUCCGUGCGAGAGAUCGCUCGCCGAGGAUAUCUCCGGCCCCGAGGGUUGAGAAUCUUCGUUUCGAGAGUCGAGGUUCACGGAGGAGUAUCGUUGCGAAAUUACAUUGUAUUGGCAGAUCGAAAAUGGAAUUCGACUGCUUCAGGAUAGCCGCCAUUCACUUGGGCCACUCCCGAGGACCGUUCCCACAAAAGACCAGGCAAUCAAACUUUGAAAAAAAAAAAAUAGGCCUUCCCGUCACUCCCUCAUUUUCUUUACGUUUUACCUUGACGCUACACAUAUGACACGCAUAUCGUACGAACAUCCUACGAACAAUCAGGUCCUUUCGUCCUCCCAUUCUCCCACUUCAUUUAGUCAACGUCGAAAUUCUUCUGUGCGGCAAUAUCGAAGAAGAGACCACAACAUCACACCGCGGCCAUCUCUUCCUGUCCCCACUAUUCGUCUUCCGGCAGCAACACUUUUAUUUAUUUUAUAAUAAAAGUCGAUUUUUACGUCUUGUGAUAAAAAAAAAAAA